UCCCUGUGUUGACUGACGCAGGAGAGCAGAGCAGUGGACGAUUGGAGCUGCGCUGAUGUGCAACAACUAAGACCGAGAGUCAAGAGUCCAGGGUUUUUUUCAGAAUACCACAUUCCGCUAACAGAUGAGCGUCUGAAAUGCCAUUGUUUGCACUUGAUGUAUUCGGUUACCACAUUUAUAACUUUACUGUGUUCUCUGCGCAUAAUCGAGAUCAUCUGUCCGGAGUCGAUAUUACUGCUCCAGUAACGGAUUGAUCCACGCUUUUCAUUCAAAUUUACGGCAUGACAUGUAGAUAAUCAUCCGAUACUUAGAUGGGGCUCCUGAGGAUCAUCAUGCCACCCAAGUUCCAGCUGCUGGCUGUUAUGGCGUUUGGAGUGGCGAUGCUUUUUAUUGAGAACCAGAUUCAGAAGCUGGAAGAGUCUCGGUCAAAGCUGGAGCGCACCAUGGCCAGACACGAGGUGCGAGAGGUGGAGCAUAGACAGACGCGGGACAGUCUGCGUGACUCUCCAGCGUUGCCUGAGAUUGAGGAUCUGGUCAUCAUCUAUAACCGUGUGCCCAAGACUGCCAGCACCUCCUUCACCAACAUCGCAUACGACCUGUGCGGAAAGAACCGCUUCCAUGUUCUCCACAUCAACACCACCAAGAACAAUCCGGUCAUGUCCCUGCAGGACCAGAUGAGGUUUGUAAGGAACGUGACAUCCUGGCGAGAAAUGAAACCAGGUUUCUACCAUGGCCAUGUCGCCUACUUGGACUUCACAAAGUUUGGGAUCAAGGGGAAGCCGGUUUACAUCAACAUCGUACGGGACCCCAUCGAGAGGUUGGUGUCUUACUACUAUUUUCUCCGAUUUGGAGAUGAUUAUCGGCCAGGUCUCAGACGGAGAAAGCAGGGCGACAAAAAGACGUUUGAUGAGUGUGUGUCGUCAGGAGGUUCUGAUUGCACUCCUGAGAAGCUUUGGUUACAGAUCCCGUUCUUCUGUGGCCAUUACUCAGAGUGCUGGAAUGUUGGCAGUAGAUGGGCUCUCGAGCAGGCCAAGUACAAUUUGGUGAAUGAGUAUCUGCUAGUGGGAGUGACUGAGGAGCUGGAGGAUUUUAUCAUGAUGCUCGAGGCAGCGCUACCACGUUUCUUCAGAGGAGCAACUGACCUCUACCGCACAGGUAAGAAGUCUCACUUGAGGAAAACAAGCGAGAAGAAACCUCCCACUAAAGAGUCCAUCUCAAAGCUGCAGCAGUCCAACAUAUGGAAGAUGGAGAACGAGUUCUAUGAGUUUGCGCUGGAACAGUUUCAGUUUGUGCGCGCUCACAGCGUCAGGGAAAAAGACGGAGAGCUUUACCUGCUGGCUCAGAACUUCUUUUACGAGAAAAUCUAUCCAAAAGUAACCUAGAGUUUGCAUUAUCACGGUCCAUGUGUCGUUCGGCCUGUUCAUGUACUGUUCUGUCACUUUCACUGGGAAGAGAGGAAGUCAAGAAAUGUGGACACAAAAUCCUGGAGGUCCUAGACUAGAGGUGUUGAGGGGUUUAGAGCCUGUUUUUUUAGUUUGUUUGUUUUUUUGAGAGAGAAAGAGAGACUUUACGCAGUGCUGACCACGACUCUCUUUAUCAAGUCUCUUCGAGCCCAGUCUCUUUUUAUGGACUUUCACAGCAGUGAAAACACUUGUGACAUAAACAUCACAUUUUCACAUAAUUCAUCAUGCCUUCCAAAAGAAAAUGACAGAAGCUUUUUUGGCCAUCAGUCAUUGUUGUGAAAUAUGAAUUUUGAACAGGGUCAAAAGGGGUACUUUUUGUACCAGGCAUUUGGUACAUUAGGGGUACCUCCUUAUUUUACUACUAACUGUGGUUUUGUGAAUUCUUAUCACUUUCUUGCAUUGUGUAUAUUGAUUUUUAAUAGAAUGCCAUGAACAGUGUUUACAGACUUUAGUAAAGGUAUUGUAGCCUAUAGCCGGAGGUUAGAAAGUGGUGAAACAGAUUUCAUAUCUGUACAAAUUGUAUUUACGUGUAUAUUUUAUGUAAUUGGACCAAAUGGUUGUAAGAAAUUCAAAGCUGUAGAGUUUAAAAUUAGUUAGAAAAUAGACUUCUUUUUGAGAAACCCACUGGUGCUUGCUUUCUUUUCUAUUGCUCAUUUUUUUUCCAUCACAACUCCCGAAGACUCUAAAAUAAUGAAAUAGAAGUUGCACUGUCCGUAUACUUUCAAGUACAGAGACUGUUUUGAAUAGAAGACCAUGACCUCCAUGAUCCUGUUUCUCAGUCCAGAUCUGGUUCCUUGAGUCUUAACUACUGGUAUCAUCUUGUAGCGGUCAGGACCAUGUUCUCAACAGACUGCUACCCUCUCAGAAGUCCAAAUUAUUAUUAUUAUUAUAAUGUGUUCUACCAGAAGAUAUGAAAAAAAGAAAAGAAAAGGUUUAAACCAACAUUAGUUGUACACUCAAUAGUGCCUUCAUGAAUCAUUUAUUCCACCCUGGUUUCAGCAGUUGUUCGGAUCAUUUAAACAACGUCUGUGUUUUAAACUUUUAAAGAUACCAGCUUUCCGUUUAUUUUUGGGUUCUUCCCUUAUAUGUUGGGUCCUUUAUCUUUCAUUAUCUUUUUUUUAAAAUAUAAACUGUCUCAAAGCAUUUCAAAUAAACUUAACUGUCUGUGA